GUGUUUCAGUAGGGAUGUGUGUUGAAUGCUUUUUCAAGGGUGGGGUAGCGGUUAUGUUUGUGCUUUGUACUAACUAUAGUGAAACAGAAUAGCAGUUUGUCUCGGAUGGAAGAUGUAGAUGUUUUUGUCAAGUCAAAAUGGCUGAAUGUAGUAGUGCUAAUGUUGGAACAUGUUUAAGUUCGUUGUUUAUAAUGAAACAUAAUUGUAUAGAUAAUCUUGGCCAUAAUGUGUUUACCUCGGAUAGUAACCAGUUAAGUAGUGGCGAAUGCAUAGACCUAGAAGAAAAAGAUUAUUUUGGCUUUGUCAAGUUGGACCCAUCCGAUGACACAUUAGAUGCGUGUAAAGAACUACAAGAUUCCUCCGAUAAUACCAUCUCGUCGGUGGAAUCGACGCUCGAGGACUCGGAUAAUUAUAGUUCCGAAAGCUCCGACAGAGCGACCACAACUGACACGAGUAGCGACGUGAGCAACGUUAGCGUGGAAGAGCUUCAAAAUGAUUUUUUUGUCAUGUUAAACAAAGGCGGCGACAAUUUACGAAGUUACUUCUUUCUGAAUAUAUUACCUAGUGUGUUCAAAACGCCGACUAUUGAUUCAUUCUCAGAGGAUGAAUUGGACGAAGAUAUAGCGGUUACCAAAGAAGACUAUUCGCCGGAAAGUGUUACCACAUCCGAGGACAACCCGAGCGAAGAUUUUUGCUGCAAAUCAAAAUUACAACACGAAGAUAGUAUUAGUAAUAAUAACAAUCUAUUAUGCUCUUCGGAAUGUCUCAGGAGUAACGACACGUUCAAAAAUGCUCGCUUACAAGAGCAACAACCCUCUCAAUUGGAUAUCACAUUCAAAGAGAAUAUCCGCUUUCCUACUGAUAAAAGGUCUCCGCUCACCGAUCGUAUAUGCAGAUGGGCCGAUUGCGUCGAUCACGUUUCCUCUUCUGCCAAACUCGCCGAGCAUUUACAAACAAAGCACGUGAAUCCUCAAACCUUCAGCGAAACGUUCAUUUGCCUUUGGAACGGGUGCAAAGUGUUCGGACGUCCGUCCUGCUCUCGUACGUGGUUAGAACGCCAUGUCCUCAGCCACGGAGGCAACAAACCAUACAGAUGUAUCGUCGAUAAUUGCGGCCAAAGAUUCAGCUCUCGGUUGGUACUGGAAAGACACGUUAAUCAGCAUUUUAAAGCACCCAAAGAUCAGACCGACGGCGUUGUAGAUGCUACACCCAAAUUGAUCCGUAGAAAUGGCCAAAAGUUACGCUACAGACGUCAACCGUAUUCUGCUAGAGGACGGACGGAUGCUUUCGAUGUCGGCACCAUGUCUAAAUUACAGUAUUUACUGGUGCAGAUGGCGCAGCGUGGACACGACGUGUCCAUGGAUGUGUUGGAUUCCCGCACAUUUUUACAUAUUACGUUUCAGCCUAAGGUCAUAGGAUGUCGCGAAGAAAAGAAUGGAGAAAUCAAAUUCCUGAUUCGAUGGUAUCCUUAUAACGCUUUGGAAGAUGAGUGGUUACCAAAGUCAGAAAUGGAGAAAGAGCGUAAAGUACCAAUAUGGGAUUUACCAGCCAGUGUUCAGCAUUUGUUUUGGGACGCGAUAUUCCCCAAUCAUCGUCCCAAACCUGUUCAUCAGUCACGUAAAUGCAAACCGCUUAAUAGUAUUCGCGAUACAUGAUUGAUAAGACUGUUAUUAUUUAUUUAUUUAUUUAUUUAUUUAUUCAUUUUUUUUUUUUUUUCUAACUCGUUCGUUCUAAUUCUAUCGUAUGUAUUAGUUAUCAUUUUGUAAUGCGGAAAAGCGGAUGGACCUACGUAUAAGUGUGUGCCUGUGUUGAUGUACAUUUUUGGCUGUUUUUAAGCGUGUCGCGUCCUUCGUCCGAAUUUAUGUACCUAUUUGCGUGUUGGUCUAUUAUUUUCCUUAGGUCAAUUUUGUAGGUAUUUCUAGCGAAAUGUGUUUUUUUUUUUAAUUUAUUUUUUUUAUAGAUAUCUUCGUCCCUAUUCUCGUUUUCUUUUAUAAGCUUGUCAGCAGACGCUUAUGAUACUCGUCAAUAAUCAGCGGAACGACCCCCCCCCUUUUUUAAAAAAAUAAGUUUCGUUACAAAUCACUCGGAAUUUGUUUGAUUACAAUUUUUUUUUUUUCAUACUGUAAUUUAUAUUGGCAUUGGCGGUAAUGAUUCUUUUAUCAAAAAAUGUUGUGUUCAUAUCGACGAUACUACAUGUAUUUUGUAUUUUGUAUAGUUUACAUAAUACCUAACGAUAAUGCGAAACAAUGUACCUUCGCGCGUCGCGUAUUUUUGUUCUCGUUGACAUUAUUGACAUAAGGUAUCUGUUGAAGGGAGAGCUUAUGCCUCGGGCAUUUUGGUUAAACUCGACGAGAUAUUGAUUUUUUGUUACAAAUUUCUCGUCACACGUGUAUUUUGAUUUUUGAUCUUCGAACAUUGUGGAAUUCAUUCGAAAUUCGUAUGUAGUAUGCUACACGUUUUUUCAUUGCGCAAAUGCAAUCUACCAUUUCGCAGGUUUGCCGCGUGACUCGCUUCAACCGAUACUCCAUAAUAUACGCGUAUGUAAUAUGUAUGUAUUUGUAUUUAUGUACAAACCAGAAUUGAGAAUGUGUGUGCCCGCUUACGUGCGAUUUACGCAUUACGCAUUACGUAUUACGCACUAGCGUUACAUAUCGCUUUACGAUACCAAGGGUAAUUUUAUAUACGGUUCCCUCAAAGGUGACGAUGUGAUGAAAAUUUACCUUCAAACAAGGUGCGGUCUGUUGACUGCUACGAAAAUGUGUAUAACUUAGUUGAAUAUUAUUUUAAGCGACAUUUUUUUCCCUUUUUUUUUCAACUAUACCUGUUUGUUUUAUUACUUACGAUUACCUGUUUUUUUCCUAGUGAUGUGAAAAACACAAAACUAUCGUAAUCAACCUUUUUUCCAAUUUUUAUCGGAACGCCGGCAGUUAUAUUUAAACGCAUUUAAUUGAGAGCUUAUAUCGAUAACAGUUUUUUUUUUUUGUUUGUCGUUUACCCGUUUCGAGUUUUAAAAAUCUCGACCAGAAUCUGUAAUAUUGUUUUGUUUUGUUUCUCUAUUUUUCAAGUCGCGAAAGAGCUCAUUUUGUGUGUAUGUGUGUUUUUUUUAAAAAUAAUUUUUGCAACAGAGCGAUGGAUUUUUAAAAAAGUGAUUUUUUUAAUCCAUUUUGUCGGUUUAAAAAGAAACAACUCGGAGUUUCGUUCGGCAUUUUUUUUUUUUUUUUUUUUUUUUUUUUUUUUUUUUUUUUUUCAGAAACGCGUAAUCGGGACUAUAAGAGAUGAUUCGUCGUUACUGUCUCCUUUCUGUUUCACCGUUAUGUUCAAUUUCAUUUUUUGUCGUUUCGACUCGAUAUUCGAUCGUAUUUUCACUUUUGCAACUGAUUUUUCUUCAAAAAGGUGCAUUCGGAGCAAUAUUGUGUGAAAAAUGAAAACCUCCUUCUACUCGUGGACCUAGGAGGCAGGUAACUAGGACACACGAGUGUAUUACCGUAGCAUCUCGGUACUAAUUUCGAGGUACUCGUACGUUGUGAAAUUUAUUUUUUUCACCAACGAAUAGGUAUGCGAUGCCGAUGCCGUAUGUUUGGGUGAAUCUUUCAUCCUGCUAUCGUUCCUCGUUUGUUCAAAUUAAAAAAGAAAAGCGCAAACUGUAAUUAGUUUGCGUGGGAAUUUUGUUGAAAAAUUUUCCCAACUUGCAAUUACCCUAAUAGCCUAAUACCUACCAGUACCUACGUGGAAAAUUUGUCGGUGAAUUUUUUGUGUCUGUAAAACGGCGAUCUCAUAGGAGUUAUUUUUACGUGUGUUGUCUGAGAGUUACUUUUGAGCAUUUUUAUUAAUUUAUUAGUUCUUUUUAUCUUUUAUUUAUUAUUUUUCAUUUCGAGUAAGUAAUAAUUUUUUGUGUACAAGUAUUACUAAGCGCGUACUAAUUUUUUUUUGUAGUCUUUUUUUUCUUUUGUCGGUGUGUUUGUCGUUAGAAUAUAAGACGUUGGCGUUAUCGCCAACUUUUGUAUGAUCUCUACUCGCCGUCACCGUCGUCGUCGUGACUUGUGUGAGGUAUGAAAAUGUCGUAGUAACAUGGUCGUGACAUGGACAUUAAUAGAUAAUUCAUCGUCUGCGGAAGCGCGCAGACUCGGUUAUGUUACUGGAUCGUAGUAUGUACUCGUUACUCGUACAGUGAAAUGUAAACGAAACGAAACGAAAACGUUGGUCGCAUCGUUUUAAUGCCAUAUUUGUUUAGACUUUGUUCUGCCUUCGUAUAAUUUUACUCGUAUAUUGCGUUUAAGUCGCGGACUGAAUUAUUUUGUAAGCCCGAGGCACGUCGCCGUCGCCGUUGCCAAAGGAAUUUAAUUUACCUACGAUAUGUGACAUGUGACUGGUGAUUCUCUCGAAUCUGUUGUUGUGCAGUGCGAUGCGGCGUGGCGCUGUAUCAUGUCUGAAGCUCGCAGUAAAAACGUUACGUUACGAUACGAUACGAUUAAUACCUAUAUAAUGACGUAUUUUUGUGAAUUAUUAUAUGUAAUUGUUUUUAUUUUACGCUAUUUUUUUUUUGUAUUUGUAUGUAUAUAAAAUACGACGAGACUAGAAUAAAUUGAUAACUCGAGCUUCAGCGACUGUGCGCCUCGUACUGUUGUCCCAUUUAAGUUAAACAGUAAGUUACCUAUACAUGGUAAAGCUCGAGGGUGAAAGCUGAAAGCUGCCUGUCGGGUAACUCUGCGUUUAUAUGCACAGUGUGCACUGUACAGCCUGCCACAGCCACAGCCACAGCCGCAUGAUUGGUGAGCGAAUAUGGGUGGGCAAUGGGCAUUGAGCAACUGCUAGUUUUGGUAAUUUGCUGGCCUUUUUUUUCUCUCCUAAUUUAUGGUAAUUAAAUAGGUAAUCUUACGUAUAUUUAUUCGUUUUUGAAGCUAGUAAUGAAAUUGUACGCUGAUUUGGCUUUUGUUUGUAGAUUAUUUGGGAUUUCGGUAUUAGACUACGUAUUAGUAUUAUUUACUCGUACAAGUAAAUUCGACGGUGUUAUUAUUCUACGUAUGUUUUUCCACUUUUCCACUCGCCAGUCGCCUUUCUCCUCGUCCUCGUCCUCGUCCUCGUCCUCGUCCUCGCCUCCUAAACGUUCCCAAAUCCAAGAUACCUAUACCUACCUGUACCUAUCUAUUUGUAAUUAGAAUUACCUACUGAACUGAAAUAUGUAUGUACUGUAAGUUUCAAACUUACAUACCGGAUUACGGAUUUUACGGAUUGCGAAUUGCAAUAGGAACAUGUGUUGUACGCGUACAAGCAUAUUCGAAUGUAUCGCUUUGGCUAUACCAGACCUAUUACCUACUACGAGUACAUACAUACGUGUCUAGCCUAUAUGAAUAAAUUAUCCAACGUCGAACAGUGUACACUUACGGUACUUACUUGUUAGAGUACUUAAUUGUGGGUACUCGUUUCGUAGCUAAUAGCUAUAUACGAGUACCUACUUACUGUAUUUUGUAUGUAAUUUAAUUUUAUUGGUGGUAUUUUUAUGCGAUUAGAUUCUUCUCUUUAUCUUUUUUAAUUCAACCUAAAAGACUGAAAUUGAACUCUAUAGCUAUUUACAUAGUAUUAGGUACGUAGACGUACAAUGAAAUUUAAACCGAAUCAAACAAAAUAUUGUCGGUAGCUAUUAUAUACCUAGGUAUAAGUAUUUUUUUCAUUUUUCGCCUUAAUCGACUAAAAAAUACGCGUAAGUAGGUAGGUACUAGACACUAGUUAUCUAAUAUCUAGUUUGGUAAUAGGUACCUGUGUAGUGUUUACUAAGCGUAUCGCAAGUUAUUACCCCUACCUAUGUUUGGUAGUGAUGAGAUAGCAUUUGUGUUUUUAUUUGUGAAUUGUGUCGGAUCGAUUUUCAACUCGCCAAAUAGUGAGAAAAUUGAAAAUUAAAUUCUAGUUAUGGCGAAACAUUUUUAAAAUGGAAGGCUGAAUGUGUACCUAAUACUUAAGUAUGUGUAUGUAGGUAUGUGUAGCCUGUAGGCUGUAGGCUGUAGGUAUAGUGGGUUUUGAAUUUUCCAUCUUCCUCGAAAUGGUUUCUUCGUUGUUAGGCUGCUUUUUAUUCUUGUCAAGUUGUUGCGGGUCGGUUAGUCAGUACUUAUGAGUAGAGCGUGACCGUGUGUCAAUGUGUGAACCAGUGACCAAUCGUACCUACACCUACAGGUCGCUCAGUGGCUAAAAAGACGUAGGUUAGGUAUGCAAUUAGCCAUUUCAAAACGAAACGAACAGAAUUCGCUCACCUUAUUCAAUAUUGUUACCUACUCGAAUUUUUGUAACGAAAAUCAAUCAGAAUGCAGAUUCAAAGUGCCUUAUUUUUUCUCGCGACGCGACGCGUUUCAUCAGCAUGUCACCGUGUUUUUGUUUUUACUUUUACUGCAGAAAAAAACAAACACGUCUUCUCCUUCUACUCGUGUUCCAUCAAGUUAUUACUCGUACCUUACCUACUGCCGAGUGCCGAUGCCGUCUCGGUCUCGGUAUUUCGUUUAUAGUACAAAAUGGCUGUGCUCGAGAUUGUGUUCGUUGAUUUUAAUUCUUUUCCUACCCAAAGUUUUCAAAUUAGGUACCAAGCUACUUACGUAGGUCUUUUGGUACUCGGGGUAUUUUUUUUUCAAGUGUUUGCCUUGUUUUCUUACGCACGUGCGCGUGCGCGUGUGUGUGUGUGUGUUUGUUUUUCAUAUUUUUUUUACACGCUUCCCGUCACUGCCGACGGACACUGACACUUUUCGGUGAUUCAAUUUCGAAUUUUUUUAAAAAAGACAACUUUGCCACUGUGAUGAAAAAAUUUUCGUUACCGAAAUAUCGAAUUGGUUGGUACGCUGACCGCUCAACAUUGCGCAAUUCAUUAUCUAGUUUUCUCGGGUUGCUCUCGACAUUUUACAUUUUUGUUUUCAACCAAUUUUUCACGUUCGAUUAUUUUAUUAGGUACCUACCUUAUUGUAAUUCUGUCCAUCUGUCUAUCUCCAGACUCUCUCUAUGUUAUACUAAUACUCGUAGUAGAUAAGAUUUCUCACUACUACCUAUAGGUACCAGAUACCAGUAUGCAACAAGAACCCAAGACUGACAUGGUCACUGCCUGUUCUCCUAAUAUUCUGUUUUUUCUUUAGGUACGAGUAUCUAGUUUGGUUCAAGCCCUAAAAAUGAGAUACGAGUAGUCGAGUAUGUUACCUUACCUACCUACCUACCUACCGACCGACCGACCGCUAAAUUAAACGUCUCGAUUCCUAAAAUUCGCAUUUCUUUCGCUCGUUUAAAUAAGUGCGAGCAUGAGCAUGCUAACCCAGGAACUGCCUAUACGAAUUCUCGCCCGAAACUGUUUCUUUUUUGUUGAAACAGGUUUUGUGUGCCAAACGAGUAAGCGUAAGUGCUCAUCUACAUAGCGCGAGGCAACUGAGCAACUUCAAAAGCCGUUCGGUGAUUGGAGCAACGGAGCAACGGAGCAACCAAAACAAAAUAAUUUGAUUUGAUUGCUCGUUAUGUAGGAGAGCACUAAUAGCAAACGAAAAUACGCGUAAUUAAAAUUGUUACCUACGCUGCGUAGUGCGCAGUAUGCUUUCGAUUGGCCAGAAGCCGUAAGUCUCAACUAAACAAGCACUUCAAAAAUCUGCUGUAAGCUCCAGAACUGCUUGAAGCAGUUUUUUUGAUACCGUUUGGGCGUUUCAAAUCAAUUUGCAAGGUCCAAAGUAUCGUAUGUCUAUGUAUAUUUGGCUUAAAUUUCAUUUUCAAAAAUUCAACAUAAAAUCGAAACAUGUACCUACUUUAGCACUUGAAAUUUUGGUUUGUAAUAGAAUUUUGCAAUUUGCAUAUUAGAAUAUUAGAUAGGCGUGCUCUUUCGGUGUAGCUUUGUCCGCCAUUUUGUUAGCGAGGACUAUUUUUUAUCUGGAAAGUUUGCUUUAGAUUGUGGGAGGGGGGCAAAUACCAUAUUCAUUUGACGAAACUGAAAAUUAUUUCGUAGACAGUAAUUAGUACAUACGAGUAAAAAUGACGGAUCGACGUGAAAUUCAAGUACAUACAUAUACAAAAUGUGGGGUUUUUUAAAAAUUCGUCCAAGUACUCGAGCGGGAGGUAGGUAGGUAGGUAGGUAGGUAGGUACCUACUUUGGUGAUGGUUAUGCAAAUGCAUAUGCGCUGCUUAAAACAAUUAAAAAAACGGUAUAAACAUUUUUCGUUUCAAGCACGAACAAGGUUUUUAUUCGUAUCAUAAGUAAUUAACUAGGUACCUAGGUACUUAUUUGUUGUGUUUUGUGAAUAAUCGUUGUAUCUACGUACGAGUAUGAAAUCAAUUCAGUCUGGCCAUUUCGUCAAAAGCAUUGUACUCGUACCUAUGUAUCUAAUGUACCUCUACUUACCUACCAUAUGUACUCGGUAUGAUUGGUCGUUGGAUUGCGCCAGGGCCUGGGCCUGGGCCUGGGCCUGAGGUGAUGAUAUUCCGCCGAUCAUACGCAUUUAACAAAAAAACUUUUUUCCCGCAGUGUUCUCGAUAUUCCUGCGCAACCUGUCCCUGCCCAUGUGGCGUGUACGUAUGUGUAUUUGUAAGGUAUUUUGGGUACCUUUGGCUCCAGAAAGAGUAAUCUAGUGGGUACGAUUAGGUAUGUCUGUUUUGUCUACUAGUUGUACAUAUACUCGUACUUACUACUUACGAGUAAGUUUGUUACGUAUUUUAUGUGUGUUGCAUACAUUACCUAUGCACGUACUACGUAGGUAGGUACUUACGAGUAUUUUCUAUUUAAUCUUUCUUCUGGUUUUUUAUUUUUCCUCUUCUAUUUGUCUAUGGUUUUCUUUUUCUUUUUUCACUCGGACAACGCUCGUUGUAUGUGUAAUGUGUAAUUGUUAAUUGUGUACCUAGACCUACUAAUGAUUUACUAUCAACCUCACAAUGACUUCGCAUUAAUAAGGUACCCAUGUAAAACGACAUGUUGACUAGUUAUUAAAAAUGACUACACUCUACAUGUACUCGUAUGUGUGAUGUAAAUUUCUCGAUCGUUAGUAUCGUAUGUUUAAUGUGUAAUGUGUUUGUGUAAUCUACGAGUAUGUAAUGUCAAAUGAGUAUUGCGUAUGUACUAACUAUGUAGUAUGUACCUACAGUUAUUCCGUUUCCGUUUUUGUUUGUUUAUUUAUUUCCGCUUAAUACAUCAAAUCAAUUAUGUCA